ACGAACCUACGUGUCCACUGAUGGUUGACGUCUUUAAUCAGGAUGAUGGAAAGCAGCCUGAAGAAUGUUCUUGUGCUUUCGUUUGGAUUUCUGCUUCUCUUUACGGCCUACGGAGGUCUGCAGAGUCUGCAGAGCAGCCUGUAUGGCGAGGAAGGGCUGGGGGUGACGGCGCUCAGCACGCUGUACGGCGGGAUGCUCCUGUCCUCCAUGUUCCUCCCACCGCUCCUGAUUAAGAGGUUCGGCUGCAAGUGGACCAUCGUCAUCUCCAUGUGCUGCUACGUGGCCUUCUCCCUGGGCAACUUCUACGCCAGCUGGUUCACCUUGGUUCCGACCUCCAUACUGCUGGGUCUGGGAGCAGCUCCGCUGUGGUCUGCUCAGGGCACGUACCUCACCAUCAUGGGAAACACACAAGCAGAGAAGGCGGGGAAAGUUGGCAGAGACGUGGUGAACCAGUAUUUCGGCACCUUCUUUCUCAUCUUCCAGUCGUCCGGGGUGUGGGGCAACCUGAUCUCAUCUCUGGUGUUUGGCCAGACACCCAGUCAAGAGGCCAUCCCAGAGGAGCAGCUCCUGUCUUGUGGGGCCAGUGACUGUCUGAUGGCCACAGCGUCCACCAACAGUACCCAGCGACCCUCGCAGACGCUGAUCUACACCCUGCUGGGCAUCUACACGGGGAGCGGCGUCCUGGCCGUCCUGCUCGUGGCCGCGUUUCUGGAACCCAUCAAAGAUGCGCAGAGGAAACGCGAAGGAGACGAGGGGCCGCCUUUCUGGUCCACCCUGCUGUCGACCUUCAGGCUCCUUGGAGACAAGCGCCUGCGUCUCCUGGUGCUGCUGCCCAUGUACAGCGGGUUCGAGCAGGCCUUCCUCGCGGGCGACUACACCCGGUCCUACGUCACCUGCGCCCUGGGGAUCCGGUUUGUUGGUUACGUGAUGAUCUGCUUCUCGGCCACCAACUCGCUGUGCUCUGUGCUGUACGGAAGGCUCUCCCAGAAGACGGGCAGAGCCGCCCUCUACGCGCUAGGUGCGGUCACCCACCUGUGCUGCAUAAUCGCCCUCCUGCUGUGGGAGCCUCACCCCCGCCAGCUGGCCGUGUUCUUCGUGUUUUCUGGCCUCUGGGGCGUGUCCGACGCCGUCUGGCAGACGCAGAACAAUGCUCUGUACGGCGUUCUGUUUGAGAAGAACAAGGAGGCGGCCUUUGCGAACUACCGCCUGUGGGAAUCGCUAGGCUUCGUCAUCGCCUUUGGAUACAGCACAUUUUUGUGUGUCAACGUCAAACUCUACAUCCUGCUGGGGGUCCUGAGUCUGGCCAUGCUGGCCUACGGGACCGUGGAGUAUCUGGAGGCCAAGAAGGCGGCCAGGCCAGCCGCUGCGGAGCAGGCAAAGCCAGCAGAGGGGGAGGAAACGGAGACAGCCAUGUGA